AUGGAGGGACAAAGACCUUCCACUGUCUACCUCGUCAUCGCCAUCAUCAUGGCCGUCCUCAUCUUUCUCAACAUCCUCAUCGGCAUCGCCUACCUACUCAUCCCCAAGGACUGCAUCCGCUGCGGCCCCGAGAACCAGCAACCACCUCGUCGUAACCCGAACAACCUUGCUCCUGCGUACAGCCUUCGCUCCAUCUUCGUCUCUGGCUCUCACGGUCGUCGCGUUGCCAUCAUCAACGGCUUUGUUGAGGUGGAUGAUGACUUUGACGCUUGGGCGUACUGGGCGACGGACUCGGAAGAAACGCUCAGGGGAAUCACCACCCAUUCGCAGUCUCAGCCUCAGGGUCAGACUCAGGUUCAAUCUCAGCAGUACCCCUACGGUCUUCACAGAGAUGCAGGUGCAGGCAUAGUCAGCACCAGGCCAUCUGCCGCUGCCGAGUAUGGCUACCAGCACCACAACGAGCGCAUGGAGAUUCCCCUCGAAGGCACUGUUGCCAGAGUUCCUGCCCACAGAACCAGUGGUGGAUUUGCCUUUACCGAGUACGACCUCGAGCCGCCCAUGGAGUACGCCGCUGAGCGAGCUGCCUCGCGCCAUUCCCACCCUCUUGCUCGUGGUAAUGAGAUCGACCUCCCGCAGACGCCUACGCCCACGGUGCGUACUUGGGGAAGAGACAGCGACGCUACCAUUCGAGCUGUCGUGGACAAUCCCCGGAUGAGCGUUGGUGGCUCGAGGCCCAAGAGUUACCGCUCUGAGGGACAGGCUGCGAACGACCCUGGCCAUCAGGGCUAUUGA